AUGGGCUACAAUCUUACCGCAGAGAUGUUCAGCGAAUGGGCAAUAGGACUGGUUGUCAUUGCAGUUCGAUUGUACACGCGCUUCUCCGUGGACCGUGGAAUGUUCCGCUGGGACGAUGUAUGCCUGGUGCUUGGAACGCUUUUCUGGACUCUCCUUGUUGUAUUCUUAUAUCUGUGCACCGCUGUCUAUGGCAGCAAUAUAGGCCUCAAUGCCACCACUGCCGCUGAGGUGCCGGAUGAUCAGGUCCCAUCGUUAACCAAAGGCUCAAUCUAUGCGUUUCUUGCCUGGCUUUCGUACAUUCUCAUGGUGUGGUCUUUCAAGGGAGUGCUUGUGUUUCUCUACAACAGACUCACGAUCGGUCUUUCGCAACACCGACUAGCCUUGGCUGUGGGCGCCUUCACAAUGUGCACAUUUGUCACCUCACUGCUCUUCGACCUUCUUAUGUGCAAGCCGAUCGAGAAAAAUUGGCAGGUCAAGCCAUAUGCAGGAAAUAACUGCACUGUGCGCCCAUUGAACUAUAUCGUCAUCGAAGUCUUAAGCAUCUUAACCGAUCUUUGUAUCAUGUGUGUCCCGAUUCCACUGAUUAUAGUCGCCAAAAUCCCGACGUCUCAGAAAUGGAUCCUCACGGGUCUGUUUUCCUCCGGCAUCUUCGUCAUGAUCGCUGCCGCUCUUCGCGCAUACUACUCCGUCAAAGACCUUUCGACUCUCGCUACAGCUUUGGGUUGGGCAUCACGGCAGGCUUUUGUCUCAGCCAUCAUUGUCUGCGCCCCGGGGAUCAAGCCUCUCCUCUCUCGCUUUUCCUGGUUUGCAUCCUACAGUUCUUCCCGCGGAUACGACAAAAAGGACCGAAGCCGAACGACCUUUUUCAACUCCAAGAGUGGGGGUCGAGAUGUUACAAUGGUCAGCACCUGUGAACCUCAGCCGUACGAGCUCUCGUCUAUGGGCUGGUCAAAGAAACGGCAAAAUUUGUCAGGAGAGAGCCAGGAACAUAUUAUGGAUUCCCUGCCGGCACCACAACAGGGCUACGCGGGCGACUCCGAACGAAACAUGGGCAUUGUGAUAACGACAGAUGUCACUCUUGCGCAUGAGGAAGCCCCUCCUGAAGAUCUGCACAAUGUAUCCACCACCCGUCCAUAUGGGCACUAAAGCCAGUGGCCGUAUACGGAGCUUGGGUGUAACAUGAUUAUGCUCAGCAUGUCAAAUGGCGUCAAUUUAAGGCGAUGAUAUUAUUUCUCAUUUUGUCUACACGAAUUACCCAUGUUUGGCCGACACGGCUCUUCUUUGGUGUCCCCAUCGAAUUGCCAUUUACGGUCCUGUUCUAAUAUGACCAUAUCAAUUAUUGCUUAAUACAUCACGAUAUUUGAUAGAUCUACGUCACCUACUAUGCAAAAUGCAUCACUGUGAACGCACAACUCCUUGUGUUGCCUCCAUCCUGACGCCAGCAUUAUGGCUACGGCUUCCUCUUAACCCAGGGAAAAAGCUGCCACACGGAUGCUAGUUUGUUCAAUGUGUAAGAUUUCUCGGAAUUUCAGGCUUCCAUAUGCAGAUCUCUGGUAGCUAAUGCGUCAAGAACAGACCGACACACCCAGAGAAAGCACCCCGCAACAACUGUCG